AUGUACAACAGUACUGUUCUCCUUUCCCAGGCCGCCUCACCGGUCUACGAGUUACGAACAUGCCAGCAGCUCUUCCUCCCGCUCUUCUGAUGAAGCUCGAGCAUGGUACUGCAUGGAAGCCGUCUGUCCUCAUGCAGGCGGUCCUUUAGAGAAUGCCACUUUGGAAAGCGUCGAGAAGGAAUUGGAAGAUGAAGCCAGGCAGAGAGAUGACAUAGGAAAGCACGAGGCGGAUGUGGAGGACCUCGUCGUUGUUUGGUAA